UCUUGUCUUACUUCCCAGCAAGUAUUUGCUCGACCCAGCUGAAGCUAAAGCUGAAGGAGGAGUUGAACUGGAAAAUAGAAACGUCUCCCUCCGUCGGGGCAAAUUAUAGCUUUAUGCUUAUAUUGAUCAAAGUUUGAAGCUUUUUUGAGGAAUAUUCAGCCAAAAAAUGGCCUUGAGACCAGUAAUCCAGUUUCCGGUAUUCGUCCCACCACCACCCAGCGCUCCAAACCACCGCCCAGCCUUUGAAGUCCGCUUCUCACGGUGGAACAACGCCAACGCUCAGAAAUUCAUCCGCCGCGAACGCACCCAAAAGGAAAUUGAAGACCAAAUCCGCUCCCAAAGACGCUUCGAUUCCGCCUUCAACAUUGCCCAUAAUUACAACCCGGCACCUCCCACCCCUACCUUUAAAUCCACCGGCACCCCUUCCUCUCCUUCCCACCCUUCAAUUCCGGGCAAAAAGUCGAAAUACUCCAAAAACCCACAAAAACCUAGACUUCCCUUUGAUCACCCCGCAUUUAAACCCGUCCUUAAACACAAAAAAAUACCAGUUAAAAGAAUUAAUCCUAGCCGAACGACUGACGAAAGUACUAAAGCUGAAGAACAAGAAAAAUUUGCUCCCAACGUCAAAAUUGAUGAAAAAGGGUUGUCAUAUGAAUUUCCUGAAGCUCCAUUUCUUUAUCAGUAUAGUUAUACCGAGACGCCCAAGGUGAAGCCGGUGGGGAUCAGGGAGCCGCUUGUGGCGCCAUUUGAGCCAGGUACUAUGGGGAGGCCGUGGACGGGGCGGAAGCCGCUGCCGCCGAGUAAAAAGAAACUGCCGGAAUUUGAUUCUUUUCAGCUCCCUCCACCUCAUAAAAAGGGUGUGAAGCCCGUCCAGGCACCGGGCCCAUUUUUGCCGGGAACUGGGCCAAUGUAUGUGAAGUCUAGAGAGCAGAUAUUGGGGGAGCCCUUGACCAAAGAGGAGAUUAAAGCGCUUGUUGAAAGCUGCAAGAAAUGGAAGCGCCAGCUGAAUAUGGGAAGAGAUGGUUUUACGCACAACAUGUUGGAUAACAUACAUGCUCACUGGAAGCGAAGAAGGGUGUGCAAGAUAAAAUGCAAGGGUGUGUGUACCGUAGACAUGGAAAAUGUUCGCCAACAGUUAGAGGAGAAAACAGGUGGACAAGUCAUAUAUAGUAGAGGGGGAGUGAUAUACCUAUUCCGUGGUAGAAACUAUAAUUAUAAGACUCGGCCGCGUUUUCCUCUUAUGUUGUGGAAACCUGUUACUCCUGUAUACCCAAGGUUGGUCAAACGAGCCCCUGAGGGUUUGACUUUAGAAGAAGCCACAGAAAUGCGGAAGAAGGGGCGCAAUCUUGUGCCAAUAUGCAAGCUUGCUAAAAAUGGGGUCUACUGUGACCUUGUUAAGAAUGUCAGGGAGGCAUUUGAAGCAUGUGAACUGGUGCGAAUCAAUUGCGAAGGUGUGAAUGGGAGUGAUUACCGUAAAAUAGGUGCCAAACUCAAGGAUCUUGUCCCAUGCGUGUUAAUAUCUUUUGAGAAUGAGCACAUCCUCAUGUGGAGGGGACAGGACUGGAAGUCAUCCCUGCCAGAGCUAAGAAGUGAUGCAGAAGGAAUGACGGAAACUGAAUCUGAUGCUACGACCUUUGUUGGAACAAUUUUAGAAGGAGAAGCCGAGUCAUUAACAGCUUCAGCAUCAUCUGUUUCAAACACAACAAAAAUGAAUACAACUAUUAAAGAUCUUAACACAAGCAGUGGUUCUUGGAAUUUUGAAGAGGUGGAAUCAGAUGGAAGCAGUGAAUAUGGAGAAGAGGUGGUUGGUGAUCUUACAGCUUUAGCCACUUCUGCAUGUGAAACGUAUGAGAGUGAAAGUCCUCCGGAUGUUCAGUGCGCCGUCGGUUCAGAUGUUUUGGUGGAUUUUGAUAGAAGUGAAGAAGAAUGGGAUGGUUCAAACUCUUACCACAAUGCCAUGUUAACCGUGUCUUCAGGGCCUGAAACAAGGCUGGGAAGCACUUUCAGUAAUGACAACCAUUCAGAACCUCCAUUCACGGCUCCUUUUACUUCAAGCAAGUUGGAAGGUGUAUCUGAAGAUAGAAAGGGUAUCAGUGAACUUUCAAGUGCAACUACACCUUCAGCUGAGGAAGUUCUUCUCCUCCUCAGGCAGGCUGUUGAAAGUGGGCUUGCAGUUAUGUUGGAGGAUUCUAGCUUGGAUGCAGACAUUGUUUAUGAAAGAGCCGUCGCUCUUGCUAAGUCUGCUCCACCUGGGCCUGUUUUUAGCCAUCGACGUAAGCAGUUGGUGGUUCCAGAAUGUGAUAAGCCACAAAGUGAUGAUUUGGAGGUGAAAGAGGCUCUCAAAGUGCCAGAGAAAGAAGUUACUCUUUCGAGUAAGAGAGGAAGUGGGAAAAAGACUUCUAAAGGUCGAAGCAUGAAGGACAUUAGGGAAGAUUAUCUAAAUGUAAAUCAACCGGGAAGCCUAAGAGUAGAUGAACUAGCGAAAUUGCUAGCUUAAUGAGUUCUUUUAGUAUUGUUAUGUAACUUUAUUUGUUCUUCAUUUAUUUUUCCGAUGGAGGAAGCGGUGAGAGGUUGUAUGUUCAAAUAGCAAGUGAAUUAGGGAUUCAGAAGAUGGUCGAACCAAUAAAUUAACAGAUCAACUUUGUAUAGUGUGCUUUAUAUUAAGGCAAUCUCGGCAUCUUUCACUGUCA